AUGUCUUAUCUCCAAUCCCUCCCAAACCUCAACGCAAAGGAAGCCAUCGCCGACGCCCUCCACCGCACCGUCAUCGGCAUUGACCGCAAUAACAUCUCUAUCUUUGACUCCGCAUUCGCCGGCGAAGACAUUAUAUUCGAGAUGAAUGCCGGUGAGAACGAGAAGAGAUCGAUUAAGGGCCUUGCCGCUCUCAAGGCAGGGGUCUUCGGCCACGUCGGUCCGAUGGACACCACACACAUGAUUAGCAAUGUUCGAAUCAACCACAAAGAAGGAGAGGAUACUGCUUCGAUGACAGCUUAUGCUUUGGCUAUGCACGGUCCGCAUGGAAGGGGUCAGGAGCCUGAUGGACCGAAGCUUACUACUGGUGGGGAGUACUCGCUUGAUCUUGUGAUGGAUCAUGGGGAUGGAUUGUGGAAAAUUAAGAAGUGGACAGUGGAUAUUGUUUGGAGGCAGGGGGAUCGGUCGGUGAUGGCGAGACCCAGUCCCAGUUCUGAGUAG